AUGGCGUCUGACCACGGGUCCCCGCCAUCAAGCCUCAAUGCUAAAUUCACUCGGGAAGUCCAGAAUGCUUCGGCGCAAGACUCUUCGCAGUCAGUAAAGGCGGCCUUUUUCGAUGUCUGGCAAAGACUGAAGCCAGAGUACGAAACUAUGCAUCAAGCGUUGAACCAAUACCUGACCCACCAGCUUGAAGAGAGCUCGAUACGUGCAACAUUGCAUAGCAGGGUGAAAAAGGACGAUUCUAUCUCCAAGUCCAUCGACCGCCGCGAAGAGCAUUGGGGCAAGACAUACGACAGCCCCAAGCAGAUACUCGACGGUAUCCACGACCUUUUGGGGUUUCGUAUCGUUGUGGAUUACCCGUCUGGUCUUGAUCAAUCGUAUCAAUUGAUCAAGAAACAUUUCUCUGUGGAAAGGAUCAAUACCUUCUCCACAGAUCGCGAUGUGGGCGUUCUUUGGAAGCCCAGGUUUGGAGCAUAUGAAGGCAAGAACUUCCAGGUGCGGAUGAGCCCUGAUGAGCACAAUGUGGGACUUUCAAUCUACUAUGAAGUACUAUUUGAGAUUCAAGUCACCAGUAUCGCGGAAAGUCUAUACAAUCGACUGGCGCAUCCACUGCACUACAAAAAGUCAUCGGGUACACUCUCUCGACAAGACGAGAUGAUCAUUGAUAUAUCGCACGGCCUUUCGCUUUGUUACUGGAUCACUAUUGCCUGCAUGGAAGAAAGACUAGAGGGCAAAUCAGCGAUGGCUAGCCAGACAAGCCCACUUCCGCACACUGUCAGAAAGAUUGCUGGACAUGACCCUGAGGAUGAACUGGACGACCUAGACGACCUGGUAAACAUCACACCUGAUAUGCCAGUUAUUCCAGGAGAUAGGUCUCUGGGGUGUUCAAAGACCGGACCGUCAACUCUGAAAAGAACUGCACCAUCAGACGACACAGUCUCAAUUGAACUACUUCUCAAAUCACUCAUUGAUCUUCCUCAGGAGAAUCGCUCGGAUGCAGAUGUAUGGAAUGGAAUUCGAGACAGGCUAGGAAAAAACACGAUUCAGCAACGGCAUCAGGAUACAUUCGAAUGGGUCUUUGCAGACAACGAAGAUGCUAUCUAUGGGGACAACUCUUACACCGAAAUUGAAGUACCUAGUCUAGCUAGUUGGCUGGAAGAGGAUGACCAUUCUCUGUACUGGGUUAGUGGAAAGCCCGGCUCUGGCAAGAGCUUUUUCAUGAAAUUCAUCGAGAAGGAUGAGCGGACCCAAGCAAUUCUCCAGAAAUGGCAACCACAAUGCCGCAUCAUCUCGCAUUACCUAUGGAAGCCGGGGAGCCACGACCAAAGGAGUCUGAAGGGUGUCGUUUGCUCACUUCUCCAUCAAGUAUUGCAAGAUGAGAAAGCCAUUGCUUUACGCCACCUACGUGAAGCUCCAGCCCUCAGUCACAAGUAUCGUGCGUCCGACUGGGAUAUAGAAGAUGCGAAGAAGCUGUUGUUCAAUGUUCUCGGCCGCUCAACUCGCCCAUAUCUUAUCCUCAUCGAUGGAUUAGACGAACUUUUCAAGCCCCAUUACGGGAUGAAGGUGGUAUUUCAAUUCUUGGACGGUCUGGCCAGCAUGGAGAAAGUAAAGGUUUGCGUGUCCAGUCGUCCUGAACCUAUAUUCAUAACCAGGUUCAGAUCUCAACCUAGCCUAAGGAUGCAAGAUCUCACGGAGAACGACAUUCGAAAGUAUACAGUCGACAAGCUUAGGGAGCUAGAUCUCGAGUUUGACAAUAAGAGAUUCCGAGAGGCUGGAAGCGAAAUUGUCAAUAGAGCAGAAGGUGUUUUUAUAUGGGUCUAUAUCGUUUUACGGCAAAUCAAGCUCGGCGUUGACGAAUUUUGCGAAACAUGGGAUGACAUACUCGAUCACAUUUUCAAGCUACCUAGUGACCUUAUGGGUCUUUACCGGGACAUGUUAUCAAAGUUUGAUGACAACGACGAAAAAUACGUAAAGCGAGCCGCACGAUACUUUCAGUACAUGCGGGAGAAUCCCAGUUUUGAAUGUCCCAAUAUCGCUAGGCUCUCCCUGGUAGCAGACGAGAAUGUCCUGGAUUCCUUCACAAGACCAGAGGACACUACUUGCGUCGACAAAUGGGCAAAACUUUGCAGGGACACGGAGAAGACACUAUUUCCAAUCUCUGCAGGGCUCUUAGAAAUCAGAUGUUUCUCAUAUCCAACACCAAUCUCACAAGACGAAAUCACAAUGUAUCCAUGGAGGGCAAAAGGAGUGACCUUCAUACACAGAACCGCCACCGACUUCUUAGAAGGAGAGGAAGGGAAGGCGAUUUUCGGAAAAUAUGCAAUGGGCCCCGAAGACAUGCUCAUGAUGCAUAUCAAGAUGAGCAUCGUUCAUUACUCUGUUGUGAAUCACAAUGUCGAGCUUCUCAAUACAGUUCUUAAUCUCAGCCCUAUGGGCAACGAACUGGUCAAAGGAUUCUUCCACAACUCUCAUGACGCACUAUCCCUGCUUCACGCUUGUUGUACAAACAAGUCACGACAGCUUGUGCGCCCGCCCUGUUCAAAAACAGUACGGAAUACUCAUCGACUCAAAUGGAGGUGA